AUGAUGCUCACGUACCGGACAGUAAGCUUCAUGGACAAGAAGCCGUUAUACUGGCUCAGUAUUUCUAUCCACUACGCCAAAAGUGCUGAUGCUCAUCGGUAUUAUGAGAAACAAGAUACGCGGGAGAAAAGGUACCUCAAGCGUUUGUGGUGGUGCUGUAUUCUUCGCGAUCGAAUCUUGGCUUUAGCGCUUCACCAGUCACCCCUCGUCAAUCCAGGAGCAAACGACACCAGUUGCCCCAUGCUGUCAAUCAACGACUUUGCCCAUGAGAUUAAGAAAUCUCGCGUGUAUGGCCACGUCGACAAACAAACUAUAGCCCAGAUUGUUAUCAUUCUUUGCGAAUUCGGCGAUAUACUCGGUGAUAUACUUCCACUGACUCCAUUGGUCAAAGGAGGUGGGUUCUGCCGUGAGGAAGUUGAGAAUCUUACUUUGAGGCUUGAUAAAUGGUAUAAUGAGACGUAUGCCAUCUUCCGGUUGCCAACACUCAUGACUGGAACUCAUAAAUCACUCACCUUGUUUUCAAACAUUCUCUGCACUUACUAUCAGUACGUCAUUCCCCGAUCCUGCUGCGAUCGUACUGAGUAG